UUAGAAAUGUGUGGUUGUCACAGAAGCUAGAGGGCGCUGUUGGCAUUUACAGGCAGUGUGGGGAAGGGGGGGUUGCUAAGGGCACAGGAGUCCCUGUCUGUGAACUAUACAGAGCGCGGUACAUGGGAGCAGCAGGGCCCUGAGCCUGCCCUCUCAUCUCCUGCCUCAAACUGGGGACUCCAGAGGUCAAAAUCCUACAUCCGCGGGAGCCAGCCAAUCAUAGAAAUGAACUGACCUUCCUGGGCAUGAGGAAGGGAGGGGUGAAGACAGCCACAGGUGAGGAGGGAGCGGGAAAGGCAAGUCUAGAGUCUGGAUCACCUUGAAAGUCACUGCCCUGGCCAUGCCCGCUCCGCUGCUUCCGCUGCUGCUGCGAACACUGCUGGCCCGCCUGCUGAUGCCCGCUGUCCGCCUGGCCCGCCGGCACCUCCUGCCCUUGCUGCGCCGGCUGGCCCGUCGCCUGGGCUCCCAGGAUAUGCGAGAGGCUUUGCUGGGCUGUCUGUUGUUCAUCCUCAGCCAGAGACAUCAGCCAGAUGCCGGGGAGCCCUCCAAAGUAGCCCGCCUAGAGAGGAGGGAGAGGCUAGCCCCCCAGAAAUAAGGCCAUGAAUCCUGGGAGCAGCUGUAUCCAUCAAAAAGCUUUCUUUUGGAGUAAGACUGUCCUGCCACCAUCACUGACUGCAGCCUGCCCAGUGGGCCAAAGACAUGGUGGGGGACUGAGCAUGAGAAGGGUUUGUCCAGGACACGCCUCCCUACUCCCAGCAGAAAUGAUGGGUAGGAUGUUGUGCAUUUAGCAGAAAAUCAAUCCUUAUCCCUCCCUCCCUGCAUUCUUCUCAAGAGCUUGUCAACCACCUCUGGCCUCUGGGAGGAGAGGAAUUGACUGGGGACUUGAGGUCCAAUGAGGGACAAUGCCUGACCCAGGGACAAUUCAGUUAAUCCAGACUGUCUUUGACUCGGGAUUUACCUUAAAGUAAUAAGACUUUGGUUCCUUUGGAAGUCAGUCUUGCUCCCAAAGCCCAGCACACACCAGGUGCUCAAUAAAUACUUGUUGGUUUGAAUUCUUGGGAUGCC